AGCAAUCUAUCAUAUGGCUAAGCACAUCGAUAUCUGGAUAUCGGUGGUUUUCACAAUGUAUCUACCUUCACCUCGCACCUCGCACCACUGCGCAUGCCCCCACACCGUCUCCACACCAUCUCACACAUAAGCAGUCCGCUAUGGAGGAAAUAGCCACGGACUCAGAGCUAGUGCUGCAACGAACCCGAACACCACGCCAACCAUACAUCAAAUGGAAUCCAACCCCAUACUGGAUUGCCACCGGCGUCGUGAUAGCCUACGCUUGCAAUGCAGUCAUGGCCAUCGGCGGACUAGACAUCCACGAUCUCAAUGUGAUUUACAUAACUACUGUGUUCAUUCCCUCAAGCAUCCUCCUCCACACCCUCAUGCUCUUCCUGUGGCACCGGCCCCGGGCACGGCACCGCUUCGCGCCCCUAACGCGUGGACUGAUGAGCUGUACGACGGUGAAUAUAUGGGCUGCCGGGUGUGUGGGCGCGUUUUAUACCGUGGAUACGGCGAUGUGGAUUGCGGGGUGGUGGUUUGUUGGUAUACCGGGCGCGCUUUUGAUUGGGAAUAGGGCGGUUGUUGAUGGGAUGGAGUGGUGGAUACGGCGACAGGGGAGGCGGAGGGAACCUGUGUUUGGGAGAUGAUAGGGUGGGGAGUGGGAAAUGCUGGUGUGAAGGUAGCGCUGCCGUCGCUGAGGUUUGUGUCGUAAUUUCGAGACGGAACCAUGCGAGACGGAAGCUUUACUGUCUUU